CAAAAAUCAAUUUGCAGAGGGCGCUGUAAAUUGCUCGGCCACGUAAGUCAGGGUCGUAUUUUUCUUGACUUUAUUGCUUUAAUUACGUUAUUUUACGCUCCCUUUUAAUAUGUGAAAAUAGUGCAAAAGUGCAAAAGUGUGUGUACAGUUUUCUGUCUCAGUAUUCCGUUCCGAUCGCGAUUGAGGAACGAUGUCCAAUUUACCACCAAACCCGUAUAGCAACUUGCCCGGGGCUCCGCCGACGAACGCCAACAUGGGGCCACAGCCACAGCUGUUCAAUCAGAUCCCUCCUCUCAGCCAGCUGCCUCCCGGCUAUGGACAAAAACAGGACACAAACUCAAACACUCCACAACACCUGCCAACGUCGGUGCCCCAGAAUAACUUCGCCCGACAAGCUCCAAAUGUGAAUCAAUUCAAUCAAAGUGGAAGCAAUUCACCUGCAUUCAACAAUUCAGGAAUGAUGCCACCUGCGCAAACUAGUUUAGGCUCGUCUCCAAUAAGACCACCAUUAAAACCUGUGACUCCAACUGGAUACCAGAAUUCUCAGCAUGUUCCUCUCUCAGGCAGCCCACAAACAGUGUCUAAUGCAAAUCCUUCUCCUAAUCCAAACCCUCCUAACAUUCCACCUCAACAGCAACAGAUAAAUGACAAUGCACCUCCACUCAUUGCCUCUAGUCAGUUCCAACCUGUCAUGAAUGGUCCCAGUCCACAGCCACCAAGCCAGUACCCAGUGUUUUCAAGUGCACCACAAACAGUGUUACCGCCUAAUGUUAACAGUGCCUAUAGACCUACACUUGGAACACAAAUUCCAAAAGGAAUGGGCUCACCGCUACCACCUGGACCCCAAGGACCAACCAGUCAAGCUAACAUACCAUUUUCUGGGCCUCCACAACCAGGGCAGAUGAGAAACAGCCCAUUAAUAUCUAGUCCCCCCUCGAGUGGUCCACCAACAAGUGCUCCAAUCACUAUUGCACCUACAACAGCUCCAUCAAAUAUGCCAUUAGGAGUAAAUGGACCAUCAAGUCAACCAGGGAGACAACCACAAGGUCCACCUACAUCUGUGCCUAAUGUGGGGCCACCAAUAGCUCAUCCACCAAGUGGUCCACCUUCUACAGGAGGAUCAGUUCAUCCACCUGUUAGUGGUUAUCUUGGACCAGGCAUGCCACCAAAGCAGAUGUUCCCAGGUCCUAAUUUAAAUGGACCUUCGGGACCAACACAACCUUCCAGACCACCUGGUUCUUUUCCUCCAGGUUCAUUCCCAGCUCCUAAUCAACCACCAAUGCAAGGUCCUUCUGGACCCAAAAGCUUACCACCUAUCGGUCUCCAAAGUUUACCACCUACAAGUCUUCAUCAACAGUCUGGUGUGCCUAAAAUGCCGCCUGGACCACCAGAACCUUUGAACAUGCAGUCUGGACCAACUAGCAUGCCUCCUGGUCCUUACAAUAUGCAACCAGGGCCCCCUAACAUGCCUCCCGGGCCUCCAAGCAUGCAAUCGGGGCCUCUGGGACUUCUAAAUGUUCAACCAGGACCUCAAAACAUACCUCCAGGACCAAACAUGCAAACAAGACCCAGCAUGCCUCCUGGGCCAAACAUGCAAUCAGGGCCAAACAUGCCACCUGGAAUGCCGCCUAUGCCUGUACCUCAAAGCACACCUGGAGUCCCAACAGGGCCACCUAAAAGCAACAUGCAGAGCAGAUAUCCACAAAUGCCUCAGAGCAACUUCAGUAACCAGCCAGUGAUGCCUCCGCAAUCUAAUAUGGCUCAACCUGCUAUGAACAGACAGUACAUCCAACCACAAUACAACGCUCAGCAGUAUAAUACUCAGGGUAUAACGCAGCAAAUGAGUCAGUUGAGUGUCACGAAACAAGGCUUUGACCAGCUCUGGGGUCACCAGAUGAUAGACUUGCUGCAGUGUACGAAUAUCUUGCCGGAGUAUACGGAGGAACCACCGGAGAUACGGCUCGGCCACCAAUUUGCAGAGUCAUCUAACUGCAGUCCAGAGAUCUUCCGGUGUACGAUCAACCGUAUACCCGAGACGAGCAGUCUGCUGCAGAAGUCGCGCUUGCCUCUAGGAAUUCUAAUACAUCCAUUCAAGGAUCUCAAUCACCUCCCGGUGAUACAGUGCUCCACGAUAGUGCGGUGCCGUGCGUGCCGGACGUACAUCAACCCGUUCGUGUACUUUGUGGAUGCCAAGCGAUGGAAGUGCAACCUGUGCUACCGGGUGAACGACUUACCCGAAGAAUUCCAAUACGACCCUGUGAGCAAGUCGUACGGCGACCCGACCCGGCGGCCCGAGAUCAAGUCGGCCACCAUCGAGUUCAUCGCGCCCGGCGAGUACAUGCUGCGCCCGCCGCAGCCCGCCGUCUAUCUGUUCCUGUUCGAUAUCUCGCAGAUUGCCAUGGACUCGGGGUACUUGCAAGUAGUAUGCGAGACCCUGAAGAACAAUCUAGACCAGUUACCCGGCGACGCUCGCACGCAGGUGGGCUUCAUCUGCUACGACUCGCACGUGCACUACUACCUUAUGAGCGAGGGGCUCACGAGGCCUAAGGAGAUGACUGUGCUGGAUAUUGACGACAUAUUCCUGCCGUCCCCCUCGUCGCUGCUGGUGAACCUGGGCGAGCGCAAGGAGCUGGUGAAGGAGCUGCUCACAGUACUCGGUGCGAGGCGCAGCGCCGGCGCCGCCGGGCCCGCCGCGCUCGGCGCCGCGCUGCAGGCCGGGUACAAGCUCAUGGCGCCCACGGGAGGUCGCAUCACAGUGUUCCAGACAUGCUUACCGACCAUCGGACCCGGACGGUUAGAAUCAAGGGAAGACCCCAACGCGCGGUCGUCGAAAGAUGUGGCGCACUUAAAACCGGCCACGGACUUUUACAAACGUAUCGCGUUGGACUGCAGCGGGGCACAAGUGGCCGUCGAUCUGUUCCUGCUCAGUUCGCAAUACAGUGAUUUGGCGACAUUAAGCGGCAUGAGCAAGUUCAGCGGCGGGACCGUGUACCACAUCCCGGUGUUCAAGGCGAGCCGCUCGUGGCAGGCCGCCACGCUGGAGCGCAUGCUCACGCGGUACCUCACCAGGAAGAUCGGCUUCGAGGCCGUCAUGCGGGUGCGCUGUACCAGGGGCAUCUCUAUCCACACGUUCCACGGCAACUUCUUCGUUCGCUCCACGGACCUGCUGUCGCUCCCCAACGUGUCGCCGGACGCAGGGUUCGGCAUGCAGCUCGCUAUAGAAGAGUCGCUGUCCGAUCUACAGCAAGUCUGCUUCCAGGCGGCGCUGCUAUAUACUAGUAGUAAAGGUGAAAGAAGGAUACGAGUGCACACACUGGCGCUGCCCAUAGCAAACACGCUCACGGACGUGCUGCAUUCCGCCGACCAGAUGUGCAUCAUAGGACUACUUAGUAAAAUGGCUGUCGACCGGUGCGCAGACGCGUCCAUGUCGGAGGCGCGGGAAGCGCUAAUAAACGUAGCGAUCGACGCCCUGUCCGCACACCGGCUGUCGCAGAACCUGCCGCCCGGCAACGUCGCCCCCGCGCUGCACGCGCCCGCCUCGCUGCGCCUGCUGCCGCUGCUGCUGCUAGCUCUGCUCAAAAGGAAAGCGUUCCGAACGGGCACGUCGACGCGACUAGACGACCGCGUGGCCGACAUGUGCGACAUUAAGUCCCUACCACUACCACAACUAAUACGCGCCGCAUAUCCCCCUCUCUAUCCUAUACACGAGUUGUGUAAUAUGAGGGAAGAGGACCCCAUGCUGCCACAGCUCAUGCUGAGUGCGCAGAGGAUAAACGUAAAUGGCUGCUACCUCCUCGACGACCUAGACACGAUGAUCAUCUACGUAUGUCACGGCGUCUCCCCCGCCUACCUGUCAGAGACCUUCGGCGUGGCCGCCUUCAGCCAGUUACCUGACGAAGCCAGAAGUCUACCUGCUAUAGAGACGGACGCGAAUGAAGCACUGCACGCCUUCAUUGAAAAGCUUAAUGAAGAUCGGCCUUACGAGUCCGGGAUACUUGUUUUAAGAGACAAUUCGCCUUCGCGGCACCUGUUUAUCGAGCGGCUCGUCGACGACCGCAUGGAGUCCUCCUUCUCCUACUAUGAGUUCUUACAGCACGUCAAGCAGCAGGUCAAAUGAUAACGUCAACGGUUGACUAGGCGUUUAUACAUUAUUUUACACAACUGGGAAUGUGGACCUUAUUGCGAAGGCGUAAGGUCUACUAACGAGCGGCGGCGGCAGCGGCGAGCGGCGGCCAUAGGUUGAAGCGAGACAGCGAUCCGACCUUUCGUUCUCUAUGGAUGCCGUUCGCCGCUGUCGCUGCCGCGCGUAGUCGUGGCGGGGCCGUACUGAUCAGUUGAGCGUAGUGUUGGUUAAGCCUCGAGUCGUUUGAGUGAUGUUUUAAGACUCAACUCAGUUUUUCACUCUUAUUAUAUCGAGACUCGAGUCCUUUUCAGUGAACUCUUUUUUUUUACAGAAAAUAAAAUAAAAAUGCAUUAUAUAAAUGGAUUAUUAGGUACACAAAUCAUGCAAUAACGCCUACUCUCUUUACUGUUAUUUAGAUAAACCUAUUAAAUUGUAGAUGGAGUCUUUAACCUUUAUGAGUUGCGAUUAAAAAAAUACUCAAUAAAGGACCGGACUCGGAAGUUUUUAAAACGCUGCGUUUCAUGAAAACGAGUCGAGUACAGUCUCCAUCAAAUAUUAUAUCGGGGCGGCCAAAGUUCUCACAGAUAUUUCAACAUGUCGCUAUUGUUAAGGCGUAAGAGUGUGUGUUUAGAUAUUUUGAGCACCUCGGCCGCUCCGAUAUAUCUGAUAGCGACUGUACCAACACUAGUUGAUCGUGCGUCACACAUCGCUACGUGGCGUUGAGGUAUCGAUAUUUGUGAAGCUUGUAGCUAUAGUUUGUCAAAGGACUGUCUCAUUUCAAACAUAGACAGAGAUAAUCGAAAUCAUACUAUCUUUGUCUUACACUAGUACUAGCACCCAAAAGAAAUGGACAAAUAUAGUUUUUUUUGUUCUUAUUUACUGACAAUUUGGUUUGACCAACUUACAUACAAAGGUUAUGUUGUGUUAGUUAUCUGUGCUUUGGUUAAAUCACGAGUGUAUUUUGUCGCAUGAUUAAUUCGUUGGAAUAAUAUUUCUCUGAAAGCGAUUCUAUGUUGUUACUGUAAGAAAUCUUACCCAUUCUUUGUAUUUAGUUUUCCUAUUAUAAUAAUAAAGAAUUCCUUGAUCAAUCGAUUACAAGAACUUUACUAGGACGGAUGUAUUUUCAAUGAAAAUGCCAAAUAAAGCUCGUUUAAAUUGCUCUUAAAUGAUACAUUGAAUCUUAUUAUUAUGGCUUAACUUUGAAAAUAUUGUAUUAUAAAGCAUAUCGCGUAUAAACGCUACCUCAAUCCUUUGUUAUCGAUAUGUACACGACUACAAUACCUACUAGCUGAACAAUAGCUAUCGGCCUUGAACUUGUUAAACAAUUGUUGAACUGUAAAAACGUGACACCUUCAUUGUAACAUGUAUCUAAGUUAUACGAAUUAUACUAUGGUUUAAAA